GUCAAUUGUCAAGUUUGUUGUCGGACAACGAAGUUGUGUCCGCUCGCUCUGUGAUUUUUAUUUUAAGCAUUUACAAGAAAAGUGUUAAUAGUGCAAAUUAAUCGUAGACACAGUGACUUAUGAAUAAUUAAAAGUGGUGAAGUGUUAAAGUUUGUUGAAGAAUUUAAUUAUUAUGCUGAAUUGCAUUUGCUGAUUAGAAAACAGGAAAAAUGUUAUCGGCGACGUCUAGCGAUACGGAAGCUUCGAACAUGGGGUCUCCACGCUCUCACAUGGGGUCACCUUACAGCUCGCCUUCACAGCAAGUGCCCCAGCUAACAUACUCAAUGACUGAGCUGACUUGUGCUGAUAAAAAAUACAUUCAUGACAACGAGUUUCUUGGUGCAAAUCAACCAUUCUUGAGGAUAACGGAAGAGCCACAGCACUACUUUCGGUUCCGCUACCGGAGUGAAAUGGUCGGCACCCAUGGUUGCUUGCUUGGAGAAUCUAGCGGUACCAGUAAAUCCAAAACUCAUCCUACAGUAGAGCUAGCGAAUUACAAGGGGCGUGCGAUGAUAAGGUGUCGUUUGGCCCAAAAGAAAUCCCCUGAAGAGCACCCCCAUAAGCUACUCGAAGAAGAACAAGAUAGAGAUGUUAGUUACGAAGUGCCUGAAAAUGGGAGUUAUAAAGUGGGUUUUGCUGGCAUGGGAAUAAUACACACAGCAAAAAAAGAUGUUCCUGGGUUGCUUUUUAAAAAAUAUUCAGAAACAUUGACAAACAGGAAUGUAGAUUUGAAAGAGCUCCGCAUGCAUUGCGAGAACGAGGCGAAGAGUAUAGAUCUCAACAUCGUGCGACUGAGGUUCAGCGCUCACGACCUCUUAACUAACAAAGAGAUCUGCCCACCGGUGUUUUCAAAACCUAUACACAACUUGAAAAGUGCUGCCACCAAUGAUUUGAAGAUCACCCGCGCGAGCCGCUCAUGCGGACGCGCCAGCGGCAAUGAAGAUGUAUUCUUGCUCGUGGAAAAAGUCAAUAAAAAAAACGUUUUGGUCAGACUGUUUGAACUGAACGACAGUGGAGAGGUAGUUUGGACAGCAAAUGGACGUUUCUUGCAGAGCGAUGUACACCAUCAAUACGCUAUUGUAUUUAGUACCCCCCCAUACAAGGAUAAAAACAUAACGAGCGCCAAGAAGGUGUACAUAGAACUAGUGCGGCCUUCCGAUGGGCGCACGAGCGAGCCGAAGGAGUUCGAAUACAAACCGGAGAAGUAUGGCGGACGGUCUAACACACCCGGAAAGAAAAGGAAGGCGAAUUCUCCAUAUUCAUCCUACAGCUCAUCGAAUUCCCUCAAAAGCAACGGCGAAGUGCCCGCUACCGUUCUAUUAUACAUGAAUCAACACGCCAAUGAAAAUGCUAAUGAUAAUCUGGUUCAUGACGUGCAGAUGUGUACUAUACCUCAGCUGCCUCAAAUACCGCACGCGUCGCCUAGUAGCUCCAGCGACCUCGGCGAAGCGAUACUAUACGGAAUGCGCGCGGAAGGCAGUCCCUCCACCCAGUUCUAUGAUAGCCCCAUGAUGCCUCAAGGUGUGGCUGACCCACCAGACCUACAGCUGAACUCUACGGAACUGGAUCGCCUGCUGAAAGACAACCCUAGCAUCCCGGCUGAAGAAAAGGAACGCUUCUGCAAAGCUGACUGGUCUGAAUACCUAAAGUUCACCGACAGUGUGACGGACAUCGGAGAAACACACGGCUCAUCCUACAGUAUAGAUAUCGUGCGUUCUUUGUUGUCUAGUGACUCCGGGAAAGGAAACAGCUCAAAUGAAACGGCAUCAAAGCAACGAAUUGGCGAAAAGGAAGAAAAGGUAUCAAAUCCCGUGGACAAACCCAAAGGCAUUGGUGAAUAUACUGCUUUCUACAAAGCAGAGGAUGGGGCUGAAGUUAAAAAGCUGGUUAAGGAGUUGUGCGAGAUGAUAAGGGACAAAUCAAAUGUCAAGAGGCCAAUAGUCAAAGAGAAACUUGAAAGGCUCUUCAAAAUGAGGCUGUCCAAUGGAGACACGUUUCUCCAUAUGACAUUGUGCAGCAAGCAGCCAAGCCUGGAUUACAUUGUCAAGCUCAUCCAUAGUAUGAAGAUGCCCCAUUUGCUCAAUUUGACGAACAAUCAGUCGCAAACUAUUCUACAUUUAGCCGUGGUGUACGAUAUGCCGAAAACCGUGUCUUUCCUUGUAUCUAAAGGGUGCAAUCCAAUGAUCGAGGACAGCGAAGGCAACAACGUGAUACAUUACGCCGUGAUUUACCAGAACUCUUUGGAACCACUACUCACUGCGCUCAAGAGCAAUAACGUACCGCACGAUCUCGACGCUUGCAACAACGAGAAACAAACGCCCCUGCACUUGGCGGUCAUAUACAAGAGCGUCGAGAGCGCCCGCAUACUUCUGGCAGGCGGAGCCGGCUGUGGGACGCGCGACGCUGCGGGACGCACGGCCCUACACUUGGCCGCGUUAGACGACUGCCUGCCCGUCGCCGCGCUGCUGCUGGGACACAUGCCCCCGGUGAGUAUAGAGCGCUCGCAUACUGCUGGCGAGCGGGACGGGACGGGACGCGGGACACUGCACCUGGCCGCGUUAGACGACUGCCUGCCCGUCGCCGCGCUGCUGCUGGGACACAUGCCCCCGGGCGAAGUGGACGCCAUCAACGGGAGCGGCUACACAGCGUUACAAGCUGCUUGCGACGGCGAGAUGAGAGAGAACACUCUCGCCAUGGUCGAGCUGCUGCUUGAGAAGGGAGCAAACCCGCUGAAGCGCGAAGAAUACGGCGCGUCGGCGUGGCAGCUGGCCAUAGACAAGCCGGCGGUGCGUGACGCGAUGCGAGCGCGCGUGCCCGAGCCCCCGCUCGACGACGACGUCAAGUCCGAGCCCGACGACGAGCCCGAAGAAGAGUUCGAGUCCGCGGACGAAGGCGAGGCAUGCGGCCUGUCAGACCUGCCUCUAUACGUGGAGGAGCUAUCGCGCGCGCUGGACGCCAGCGGCGGCUGGAGGGCGCUGGCCUCGCACCUGGAACUAGAGGCGCUGCACUCCUGGUACUCCAACACGCGCAGCCCGGCGCGCACGCUGCUCUACCACGUCAAGGUACCGACGCUACAGCGGCUGCAGGCGCUGGCUCGCACCUGCAAGGUACCGACGCUACAGCGGCUGCAGGCGCUGGCUCGCACCUGGAACUAG